UCUUGGCUAAGUAAGAAUCUCUGCUAAGCAGGUCCGACAUAGUUCGAAUAUCAGCCGCACGAGGGUUUCGGUUUUGGUUUCGUAAACAUUUACGAAAUCUGUUGCAAGCUCUUCUGAAUUAAAUUACGAAAAGAAACGCAUAAUCAUAGACAAUAUUAAUCCUAUGUCACAAUCUAAGAUAAUGGAAGACAAAAGUAUAAUGGAUUGCGCUGUUAAAAAUUUAGAAAAGACAUUUGAUAUAAAACAAAAGGCAUUGGUUAAUAAACUACAUAACAUGCAUUGGCUGAAAAACAUGUCUCCUCCAUCAAACUCUGGAAAGAUAAAAAUUAUUUAUAAGCAUGUACAAGAGGGAGAAAAAGAUCAUGAUGAGAAUAAUAAAUUGGAAGAUAAAGUAACAGAAAAUGUCAAGACAUACUCAAUUGAAGAAUCUGAUAAAUAUCGUUUGAUGGAUACAUACAAAAAAUAUUUGCCUAAUAAUGCAAUAUCAGGAAAUGAUGAAAAUAUAUGGAAUAAAGAUGUUAAUUUGUCUCCAUUGUUAAAAAAUUCCAAGAAGUUGGUUAAUCAGAAAGAUAAAGAAGAAGAAAACAUGUUAAUGAUUACAGAAAGCACUAUAACAGCAAAACUAGAUGCUCAGUUUUAUACUGAUAAGAUGCAAAAAAAUCAAUCAAAUAUGUCACAAAAUAGUACCAAAGAUGUUACACAGAAUGCUGUAUAUUCAAAUUUUUCUAACUUUAAAAUAAAAUCUGAUAAAACUGCUGAUGUAACAUAUCAAAAUAAGAAUAUAAAUAAAAAUGGGAUAUUGCAAAAACAACAAACAGUUUCUAAACAAUCUGUGUCAAAGAUGCAAGAGUCUCUUAAAAAAAAUGCAUCUAUGUUUAACUUUGCUGUUAUUAAAAAUAAAACAUUAGAAGAAACAGAUAAAGCAAACAAUGAUUUACUUUUAAAUGAAAAGAAGAGAAAUAAAAAAAUCAUUGAUGAGAAACAGUAUCACCAAAAAGCAAAUAGUAAUUGUAAUUUUAAAUUUACAUGCAAUGCCAUGCAAAAUAAAAACUCGACAUUCACAAAUUCCAUGCAAAGUAAAAGUGUGCUGAGAAAUAUUGAACAUACUGCAGAUUAUGGAAGAACUCCAUCCUACAAUGAUUUUGGAUUUGGCAAUAAGUCUAUCGGCAAUGCUGGAUGCAAAAAUGAUAUAAGGAAUGAAUAUAUAUCUAUUAAUGUAUUUCCAAAAUCAAGUGUGAAAUCAACAACUGUACAUAAAAAAGAUACAUUAGCAUGUAAUGAUGAAAACAAUGUAAAUCUUGCAAAUGCCAAAACAUAUUUAACAGAAGAUAAGAAAUGUGCGAAUUUAAGCAUUAAUCAUAUCAGAAAACAGCAGGAACCUUUUUUAGAACAGUGUUAUAAAGAAAUGAAAAAGAUUGAUAAGUCUAAAGUCAAUAUAGAUCAGCGAAAUAGAGAAAUAAAUAAUGCUACCGUUAAUGAACAAACAAAUUCAUUCAAACAUUCGUCCAAUCUACUUUUGAAUAAGUGUACUGUGGAAACACCAGCCGAUACGAUAUAUCGAUAUUCAUUAAAAUUAGAAUAUUUACAACAUAUGAAUGACGUAAAGAAAUUAGAGAACAAUAGAACUACUUGGAAUAACUGUUUAUCCAACAAUACAGUACAGAAUGCAACAGUCGUAAACCCACCGCAAUCUAUUCAAAAUAUGCGUUUUGAUAUACAGCAAACUAUUAUGCAAGCAAGAGAUCAAACAAAACAAAUGCCAUCAAAUAGCAACAAAUUUUACAAUCAUUUUUCAAUUAUCAAUGCAAUGCAACCGUCGCAAAUUCCGAAUACUUUCAAUGUGGCAUCGUGUGAAAGCAAUAUACAAACAUCAAAUGAUAAAGACACCCCCAACAUACUGAAAACUGCAAUGAAUUAUAAUAAAGAAAAUUCAGACAUACUCUAUAAAUACACGCCAAACAUACAACAAAGAUCUGGUACAACAUUUUCGGAUUUUACUGGUCAUGCUAUAUUAACAGGUCAGACUAGUAAAUGGAAUCCCUUCGUACAAGAUAGUUUUAACAUUGGUUCAUACAACACAACACAAACUUACAAUUCUGGUGCUUUCGACCCUGAUAAUUUUAAUAAUAUACAUAUGAAUUGUCUACUGCAUCCAAUAAUUUAUGCACCAUUCCCGAAUGUGCAAAUACGAAAUCCGCAAUUACAGUAUCCGUUGCCUGUCUCUUACAAUUCCCCAUGCACGAAUUAUAUUCGUGUAAUUCCUAAUACGACUCAAUUGAAUAAUUUUAAUAACGUUAACUCUAUGCAUGAUCAGCAGUUCAAAUAUAUUCCUUGUAUGCAAAUGAAUAAUUAUACUAGAGAUACACAUAAUGAUCUGAGUAAUUGCACUAUACAAGCGAGGAAUGCUGUUGAUAAUGUUCCGAUGAAAUCUAAUCAGCAUUCAAUCAACAAAAAGUGUCAAGGCAAUUCCCGAAUGGUUUAUAAUGACGCUCGAUAUGUGAGACCGCUUUCACAUUCGGGAUUUCAACAAGGUAUGAAUUUUAUGUCCGCGAUAGAUAAAAAUCAGUAUAGUAACGAAUACUUGCGACAAAAACAGAAGGAUAAUCAAAAUACGGUGAAUUACAUGCAAAUGUCAAAAUAUCCGAAGAGUCAAGCGAUACAAGAUCCCUGCGGUGAUGAUGAAUCGGAAAAUAUCCCUCCAAUAAUAUCUCCAAAAGAAUUUAUAACAAAUAAUGUAAGUUUCUCAAAUAAGACUGAUCAGUUAACAGCACGUGUUUAAACUAGACUGAACACGACAUAUCCGUUAUCGUUACAAAAAUGUAAUGGCAUUUUCUACAGAAAUACAAUUUAUCAAGAUUAUUCGAAAAAAUAUAUAUCUAUCAGUAGUAUUGGAUCGCAAUAUAUACGAGCCUAAAAUAUGUAAAAAUAUGAGAUUUAAGUUCUUAAUUUAAAUAGAGUACAAAGUUUGGGUGUAAUCAAAUACAUACAAUAUUUCUUUUCUUUCAUUUGUUUAGUAUUACGUUUCCAUAUAACCGAGCCGGUUAAUAUUAAGAUUAAAAAACUAUGUUAUGGAAAAAGUCAAGGUAAUUGAAUAUUAUUAACAUAAGCAUUUAUAUUGGCAUAUUGUGAUAUAAAAAAAAUUCAAAAUGAAAUGUUUUUUUUUUGCAUUUAAAGAUGCGUGCUUUCAAUUUUCGUCGAGCUUAAGAUAAAAAUUUUUGCUUUAAAGUUUUGUAAGAGAAGAGUUUAAGAUGAAAAUUAUAUUCAGAAAUAUUUACAUUUUGUUCGAGCUUUUUCAUAUAGAUUAAGUUUCAAUUACAAAUUGCACGAUAUGUACAGGAGUUGUUCUAUUUACAUAUCAAUUUUGCGAGAAAUAUUGUUUAACAAAUAUUUAAUAAGUCUGUUUUUUUAUAAGUUUGAUUCUUAUAUAAUAUAAUUAUAUAAUUUUAAGAUAAAAUGUUUCACACACUAUAUAUUUUAUAUAUAUACACACACACACACACACACACAUGUAUGUGUGUUUAUUUUUCUAUUUUAUUUGAAAACUCUUGUUAAUGAAAAUGAUAUAGUUUAUUUUCUCUGAAAAGUUAUAAAAUAAAUAUAACGCAUUUUGCGUGCGUGUGAUUAUUAUAUUUGUCAAUUGUUUUACGUCAUUGUCAUUGCUAAUCCUUUAAUAAAUCUUAUCUCUACAUUGAUUUCAGUCAAUUUCUGUCUGAUAUAAUAUAAUAUUUAAUUCACAACAAUGGAUUUAUAUAAAAUUAAUUAUACAGUAAUCACAUGUCUUAUAGAAUAAUCUAGUUAUUAAGUAAAAAUUAUUUUACUUUACAACAUACGUAGAAAAUUCCAGAUUUGAGAAUAAUAAUGUAUGCAAAUGUUUACAAAAAUAUUAAAUUUACUUUCUAUUCGAAAAUUAGGUAUUUUGUUAAUAUGGUUAAAU